AUGUUCAACCCUACUCGCGCAAAGGUGCAGCUCAAGCUGUCCGUCAACCGACUCCAGAUGUUACAAAACAAGAAGAACAUGCUCGCCCAACAACAGCGGAAGGAAAUCGCAAGGCUGCUCGAGAUUGGCAAGGAAGAAAGCGCCCGCAUUCGGGUGGAGCAUAUUAUUCGCGAGGACUUUAGCAGUGAGGCACUGGAGAUUAUCGAGCUCUAUUGUGAGUUGCUUCUGGCGCGCUUUGGACUGUUGGAACAAUUGAAAACGUGCGACCCCGCCAUUACAGAAGCUGUCAAUACGGUCAUUUAUGCCGCACCGCGCUCUGAAGUCAAGGAACUCUUGCUAGUCAGGGAUCAGUUGGCAGCCAAGUUUGGCCGAGACUUUGUGACUAACGCCAUGGAGAACAAAGAUGAGUCCGUCAACCCAAGGAUUAUUCAAAAGCUGAAAGUGCAAACUCCAGACCCUUAUCUCGUGAACCGGUAUCUGGAAGAAAUCGCAAGGACCUUUAAAGUUGCUUGGUCGCCCGACCCAGAGAUGGAUCAUCAACUAAUUGGGAGCAUGGAUGGCGAGUUUAUUGACCCGCUCAAUCACUCCGUCGAACAACCUGGACGUCCUCGCGUACAACAAAAACCAGCUGCCAAGGUUCAACCCAUGGAACAGGACAGCGAUAGGAUGGAUCUUCUUAACGAUCUUUCGAACUUGUCAGAGUCGGUCUCAAAACCAGCAGUGCCAAUCAAAGCAGUCCCCCCACCGACUCAGCCCAGCAAGAGCUCAGCUGACGAUUUAUCGUCGCUUGCUUCGCCUCCUUCGACCGAAAGCGAUGGUUUGCCGGAUUUAGAUGCUCUCACCCGGCGUUUCGAGGCAUUGAAGAAGAGAUCCUAA